AUGACUUCAUUUUAUAUCAAGGGUCUAGAGUGCUUAGAUAUCAAGAUGGCCGAAAAGCUUUCCCCCAAUCUCAUCAGCUAUAUCGCAACAUUUAUACCAAAAGCAGACCAAAUUUCUUGCUCGAUCGUAUGCAAGAAAUGGACCCAGCCCCUUCUAAAUGUUAUUUGGAGUAAAAUAAUACUGAGCCAAAGAGACAUCGACAACAUUUGUAACAAAUAUGGUCAAGCCAACAACUACUGGAAGAAUUCACAUCGAGUGUGGGCACUUACACUCACAAAUUUACCGUCCAACCGCGCCAUUUUCCUGCCAAUAUUACAACAGAUGUUUAGAAGGUUAUCAUACCUUGAAUACACCGAAGUGUAUCAAGACAAACGUUGGAUUGUGGAUAGCCUGAAUUGGAACUUAUGGAACUCCUUGACGUAUCUCAAUGUGACCCUGGAGUAUGUAGACAAAUCUCUUGUCUUGAUGGAAAUGUUUGAAAAACUAUCUGUACUCAGGAGGCUUUCCAAUAUUACAAUCGAAGAUGCCAGAAAUACUGCAAAAAAUACUACAGUUUCAUGGCUGGAUAUAGAGUCUCUUCAUCAAUAUUUGCCCAGACUGAAAUAUUUGAAAGUCGGCCUUAUUUUGACUCCAAUCACAGACGCCGAUGUUGAACUACUUCAUUGUAUUCCACCAGCAUAUACCUUGACUAGAGCAGAAUACAGUACUAGAUACAUGGACGAUAUCUGGGUGCUUUACCUUUCCCUGAAGUAUCCUAGUCUGCAGACACUUCGUCUUGCACCAUAUUAUACUGACUGUACUACUCCCACUACUACUGAGAGUAUACGUCUAUACGAAAAGGAAAAGCCCAUUUCUUCGAUCCAUACUUUUUUAACACUCAACAAGUUUUUUCCAAAUCUUACCAGGGCAGAUUUAUGCUGGAAAUCUCCAAAUGGAUGGAAAUCUUCUGUAUUCUACGACGUUUUUUCGAAAUUCGGCACAAGUCUAGUCCACUUAAAUGUCUAUCUCCAUGAAAGCCUAGACAUACAAUUAUUAAACUCCACUAUCGACAAGAGCCGUAUUUCAAAAGGUCUGAAAAUAAUGACACUAUUUGUAUAUAAAAGUAGCUUUUCAAAGUGUGGAAACCUCGCUUUCACUAUCAGUCUCUAUCCAUACCUUGCUGAAUUAAACAUAAAUGCCAUACAUACUCCAAUAGAAAUAAACAAUAUAUUGGUUCAUUGUCCAGUUUUACAAAAACUUGGCAUAGAAAAUAGCUCUGUUUAUCUUGACAACCUUUCUACUCAUACAUACCCACACUGUCUAAAAAAGCUAAAUCUGGCCCACCUGGAAGUCAGUACACAAGUCUUAAAUUAUAUAUCCAUUUGUUGCAGAGGCUUAAAGACCCUCAAAAUGUCUUUUCUCAAAUUCUCUGACUCUAGCUUUGAGGAAAAUGGUCAACUGCUCGUCGAUAUGCCAUUUACUCAAUUGGACACACUGACUGUCCGGGAGAUUCUUUUUGAUAAACACCCUAUCCACCAUUUUGCUAUCGAGCAGCUCAAAGGCCUUACAUCAUCUCUAACGACAAAUCAUAAAGAGUUAACACAACACAUAAGUAUGGGAGAAGAACUCAAGUUCAGCUGGUAUCAUUUAUGCCAAGAUAAAACGAAUAGAAAGCUUCGAUCCAUAGCUUGGGGGCUUUCAAGGCGGGACAUCGAAUUUGCAAAAAGAUACUAUAGAGACUUUGGACGAAGAAGAAGGCGUGAAAAGAAACGAAAAGACAUGCGUCGAAGUAAUGGCUUAGUACUAAGACGGUUCUGGAAAAGAGAUCUUCAAUAUGGCAUGAUCCUAUUUCGAUUCAGGUUCAUUAAAGAUUACUAUAUUACACCUUAA